AUGCCCCCCUCCGCCUCCGCCUCCACUAACGGGGCCUCCUCCACCCCCGACGCCCUCGAAUCCGACCUCCUCGUCAAGCUUUCUGCCAGCUGCGCACUUGAAGAUCUGCAGGAAACCCUGCUCGGAUCGCUCCACCGCUUGGGCUGGACCGAAAAAGUCACCACCCUCGCCACAGAACUCCUCCGCGCCGGCCGCUGUGAGACCUUCGAUGAUGUGAUGGCGGCAGUGCUCGCUUCAGCAGAGGGGCGAAGUCACCCCGCACUGGGGUCCGACAUCGCCAAUGGUGAAACUACAAAUGGAACAAAGGAGACGAACGGUAUCAAGAAAGGCAAAGCCAAAGAUCAUCACUAUGAUCCUCUGAAGUACAUUGAAGAAAUCGAUAUCCGCAUUCCGGAGACAGUGGUCGACGAGGGCGUUCGUGGGUUGAAGGAUAUUAUACGAGAAGUGGCCGACUUGGAAGGCGAGAGCGCGCCCAACGGCGACAAGAAAUAA